AUGUCCUACGGCAAGACGGGCGACGCUAAGUGGCCCGACUGGGUGCUGCCCGAAGAGGAGGCUCGUCCCUUCGUGAAGCGCGCCCUCGAGCUGGGCAUCAACUUCUUCGACACCGCCAACGCCUACGCCGCCGGAACGAGCGAAGAGAUCCUGGGCGCCGCCAUCCGGGACUUUGCUCCCUCGCGAGACGAGGUGGUGAUCGCCACCAAGUGCUUCCUGGGGAUGGACGGCCCCCACGUGCCGGCCAAGCCCAACACCCAAGGCCUCUCCAGGAAGGCGAUCAUGUCGGCGGUGGAGGGGUCGCUGAAGCGCCUCGGAACGGACUACAUCGAUCUCUACCAGAUCCACCGGUGGGACAAGCACACGCCCAUUGAGGAGACCAUGGAGGCACUGCACGACCUCGUCCGGUCGGGCAAGGUGCGGUACAUCGGCGCGUCGUCGAUGUUCGCGUGGCAGCUGGCCAAGGCACAGUUCGCGGCGCAGAAGAGGGGCUUCACUCCGUUCGUGUCCAUGCAGAACCACUACAACCUCAUCUACCGCGAAGAGGAGCGUGAGAUGAUUCCAUUCUGUGCCGAUCAGGGCCUGGGCGUGCUGCCGUGGAGCCCGCUCGCACGCGGUCUGCUUACCGGGCGGAUCAAGCGCCCGAGCCAGGCCGAACUCGCCGCCCUCUUCUCCAAGAAGGCCGACAGCGCCGACACCUCCAAUCGUUUCGUGAAGGACAGCGCCACCCACUACAUGUACCUGAAGAGCGACGUCGACGACAACUUCGACAUCAUCGAGCGGCUCAGCGAGGUGGCCGACAAGAAGAACGUCAAGCCGGCGCAAGUAGCGCUUGGGUGGCUCCUGAGCAAGCCCAACGUGACGGCGCCGAUCGUGGGCGCCACCAAGCUCUACCAACUCGAGGAGGCGGCGGCGGCCGUCCAGGUCAAGCUCACCGCCGACGAGGUCACCUACCUCGAGGCCCCCUACAAGCCCCACCCCCGGCGACGAGGUGGGCACGGCGCCGGAGGGAGGCUGCACUCGACGGCUUCAGGCGGCAUCUUGUCGUGGGCAGGCACCACGAGUGGCCGCUCCAGCUUGGCACCAAGCCGGGUGGGGCGCCCCCUGCGGGGCUUUGCGAGCCGGUCGCCACCUCCACCGCCGCCGCUGGGGGUGGGUUCGGUCCGGUUCCGUCCCUCGUGGGGCGUGCGCCUGCUAGCCCUCACCAUCGCAGGCACCUCCACCUUCUACUUCUCCCAGUCCGCAUGGCUGAACGGGCUGGGCGACGAGCCCUGCUAUAGCCUGGACCGACUGCGCAACGACAAGCGGCCCGUGGUCUACUCCGAUGACUAUGACCAGAACUGGUGGGGCCUGGAGCGGCUGCUGCCGCUCCCGCUGACCCUGCAGGACCGCAAGUAUCACGGGGAGCUGGCACAGGGCCUUGUCGAGAAGGGCGUCAUCAAGGCGGACCAGUUCAUCAUGCCUGAGGUGCCGACAAAAGAGGACCUGAAGGAGUACAACACGCAGGAGUACCUCACGUCGCUCAACCAGAGCCGACGCCUUGCCGAAGCCUUGGGCAACCCCACACUGCGCUACUUCCCAUCCCUUGUCAUUCACACCUUUGUGUCGGGGUUCAUGCUCGAGGCGGUCGGCGGUACGGUGCUGGCGAGCCGAGUGGCGCUGGAGCGGGGUUGGGCAAUCAACCUGGGAGGCGGCUUUCACCACGCCUCCGCUUCUUCGGGUUCGCAAGGUGACGGGUUUGUCGCCGACUUCGGCCUGGACGAAAACGUGUACCUGGUGGACUCGCACACCGACCAACCCAAUGGGCACAAGCGCAGCAGAGCGCACGUCCGCGGCGCCAGCCUGGGGGUGCCGCGACAGGGCAUGCCGAAGGAGGAGUACCUGCAGUGGGUCGCGACGGAGGUCGAGAAGGCCAUCACCACCUUCCGACCACACAUGGUCUUCUACAUCUCCGGCUCCUCUCCCACCGACCCCACGCAAGGCAACCCUCCCCCCAACCUUCGCGAGGCCUGGGUGGUGGACAGGGACGCGCUCGUGUUCCGGCUUGCCGUCGACACGCACUCCAUUCCUUUGGUGAUGGUCGUCUCGGGUGGGUGGACGCCCGGCAACGACCCCGGCGUGAUGGUCCGCUCCAUCGCACACGUCCUCGCCCAGCGCUGA